AUGUUCUACAGCGCCGACAUCCUCUCGAGGAGGAAGGAGGGCCUCGGCCUUGUAUGGCUCGCCGCGACCCUCGGUGAUCGCAGCGUAGUGCGCAAGCUCACCCGCCGUGACUUUCUCUCAGUCGACGUCACCCGCGUCUGUCGGAGCGUGGCUGAGCCGCCGGAGCCGAUGGCGCUGCGCCUCUCGAGCCAGCUCAUGUUCGGCAUCGUCCGCAUCUUCAUCCAUCAGAGCGAGAUGUGGAUGACCGACGUGGCCAACGUCCACGCGUCGCUGCGCAAGAGCAUCUCGGCGAUCCCCACGCCGCCGGGCAAGGAAAAGGCUCUGCUGCCCUCUGUCGACAUGCGCACGCCGCUCGCCAGCCUUGGCGCCAUCACGCUGCCGGUCGACACGGCCUUCUACGCGCUAGACUUUGACCCGACCUUCCUGAUGGAUCUGCCGGAGCCGUUUGCGCUGCGAGCCGCGACGCCCGUCGGCAUCGCAGAUGGCUUCCUGCCCGUCACGCCGCCUCGGCCGCCCCGAUACGUGGUGCCUCCGGAGCGCAUCACCCUACCGGCGCCCGUGUACGAAGAGGAGCCGGGCAUCGCGCGCAUCGGCGUGCCGCGCGGGGUCGAGGAAGGCAUCGAGGAGCUCGAGUUCCCGCCCGUCGAGAUCGAAGAGGAGGAGAUGCCCUUCGAUCUGGGCCUAGAGGUCGGCGUAGAGCCCGAAGAGUUCCCAGAAGAGGCCAUGCCGCUCGCCGAGCCCACCAGUGAGGCGCCCGAGUUUUUCCCGGAGCUGGCGCCUGCCGAGAUCGCCGUCCCUGUGCCUCCCGAAGCGCCUCCGCUCGCCAUCGCGCCCGAGGUGGCAGUCGUCGCGCCGCCCGUGCCACGAGCCCGUCGACCGCGCGCAGUCCGGGCCAUCGAGGACGUCGAGACCGAGCUCACCGACGAGGAGAUGCGCGACGGACGAGCAAACUACGAGGCCAUCAUGGAGGAGCAGCGGGUCGUCGUCCAGCUGCGCGCCAGGCAGCGCCAGAUGGAGCGCGCCGCCCACAACCUCAUCUUCGGUCCGCCCGCCGACUUUGCGGCCGCACCCGAGCUCCUAGACCUCUGGAGGACCACGGCGGGCGCCAACCUCACCGCCGUCGAUGAGCGCUUCCGCGCCGCCAGGAGAGCAGCGGUCGCAGGUCCUCCUCCUGCGGUGGAGGUCGCUCCCCCUGUGCCGCGGCCGAUGGAAGAGGAGAUAUCCCCGCCCGCGGCGCCGCCGUCGGAGAUCUCCUUCGAAGAGGUGGCACGCGGCCUCUCGCCCGCCGAACUGGCCAGGCGCCAGGCCGAGCUACCGCCCUGGCAGGCUCUGGCCGAGCGCCGCCGCGAGGAGUCGAUCUCGGGCUUGCCGCCGGGCAUGGAGACGGUCAGCGAGAUUGCGCCGGGCGAGUUUGUCGUCGAGACGCCGACCGGCCUGCGGAGGGUGCGAGUGACGCCGACCCGACGUCCGCCCUCGAUCUCAUUCCCCUCGCCCGGUGCGCCGUCGACGAUCGAGGGGUUCGAGCUCGGUCCUCCCCCGCCGCCGUCGCCCCUCAUCCCCGCCGCGCCUCCGCCGCCUGUGCUGCCGCCGCCCGAGGAGUACCCGCACCCGGACGUUGUCUUCCAGCAGGACCUCGAGAUCGAGACGGCCAACUUCCUAGAGUACGCCAAGGUGGUGCGCGACGAGCUCGAGGACUCGUUCCUCUUCUUUAGCGACCUGGCGCCCGUCGCGAGCAGCUCGCCAUCGGUGGCCGCGCAGGCCUUCUACCACGUCCUUGCCCUCACCCAGAGCAGGAGGAUGAGGGUCAAGCAGGACGAGCCAUAUGGCGAGAUCGAGAUCCGCAUCAUUGAUUAG